AUGUCAUAUGAAAUUAUAAAUUACGGUGAAUUUAUUUCAAAACAAGAUCGCUCUUACAAAAUAAUUAACUUUCAAGUGCCCGGAACAGUUUGGAAAAAAGCUUUUGAUCCAACACCUGUUCUAAAGUCACCAGUUACAAUUGUUUUACCAAUAAAUGUGGAACCAGAAGAAGAAAACGAAGUUGAAGAAAUUGAGGAUGAAUUGGUUCAAGAUACAGUGAGUGAAGUGAGUGAUACGCCCAUCACUGAGGUACCAAUACAAGAGGACCCCGUUGUAACGGUAGCAUCCAUAGUUACUCAAGCCCCAGUGCUACAAGACCAAAUACCAGAUGUUCAAGCUCCAAAUGAUCAAGUACCAGUACAGGGCCAGGUUACUAGAUUCCCAUGUACAUGCACAGAUGGCCAAUGUGGCUGUUGUACUGGUGCUAUCAUGGAUCGAUUUAGGAUGAAAGCUUGUGGGAAUAUUAGAUUUGUUCCUGAAGAUUUUGUGUUUGAUGUUAGACUUACUGUUAAUAAUAAUACUGUUGUUCGUCGCAGGGUUUCAGCAAGUGAUCCACCCCCAAUAUGUUUCAAUCCCAGAAGAGCCCCAUUCGUAAGAGUAUGUGCAGAGAUUAGCAAUAUUCGGAUACGUAAUGGAAAUGCAUUCGCCUGUUUAGAUAUAGUUGCAGAUAUAGCCAAUUUUCCAGUUUAUUCAGCGUCGUUUAGAUGUUUUGGAUUAGGAUCAUCGGGUUUGCAGACGGGACUUAAACCAAAACCAGUAUCUUCAGGUCCGAAACCAGUGAACUUGUUCGGAAGUGGAAAUAAUAAUGAUGGUACAUUAUUGGACGCAGCUGGAGAAUUAAUAGGAAAUAACGGUAAUGGUUUAUUACCACAAGGAGGUUUGUUUGGACGACCAGGGGGAAUCUUUGGAGGAGAUGGCCCACUAGACGCUAUUGGUGACGCUGUGGGAGAAUUUUUCGGUGCUUAA